AUGGUCGAGCAGAAGGCGAAGCAGCAGCAAAUGGACGAGCAGAAGGCGAAGCAGCAGCAAAUGGACGAGCAGAAGGCGAAGCAGCAGCAAAUGGACGAGCAGAAGGCGAAGCAGCAGCAAAUGGACGAGCAGAAGGCGAAGCAGCAGCAAAUGGACGAGCAGAAGGCGAAGCAGCAGCAAAUGGACGAGCAGAAGGCGAAGCAGCAGCAAAUGGACGAGCAGAAGGCGAAGCAGCAGCAAAUGGACGAGCAGAAGGCGAAGCGCAAGGCGACGGUGGAGAUGGCUGGGAAGCAGCAGCAGGAGAAGGUGGCAGAGGAGCGUCUGAGGAAAGGGAAGAAGGUGGAACGAGAGGAGGGGGAGGGCAUGGAGGGGUUGAGGGAGGAGGAUAAGAAGGAUAAGAAGUCGGCUGCUUCUGCUGCUACUGCUGCUGCUGCUGCUGCUGCUGCUGCUGCUGCUGCUGCUGCUGCUGCUGCUGCUGCUGCUGCUGCUGCUGCUGCUGCUGCUGCUGCUGCUGCUGCUGCUGCUGCUGCUGCUGCUGCUGCUGCUGCUGCUGCUGCUGCUGCUGCUGCUGCUGCUGCUGCUGCUGCUGCUGCUGCUGCUUCUGCUGCUGUUGCUGCUUCUGCUUCUGCAGCUGCUGCUGCUUCUGCUGCGAGGGACGAGGAGAUGAGUAACCUGAAGGAAGGGCGAAACGGGAGGAUUGCAUGUAUCAUCAUCAGCAGCAGCAACAGCAGCAGCAGCAGGAGAAUGACACCUUCCCUUUUCUACCUUCACCUCCCCUCCCUUCUCUCUCCCCAACCCCCACCCGAACCCUUACAUCAGGGUCCCCCGCCCCCGCCCCCCCCCAAGGACGCUCCAGCGAGCGUGUUUGCAUUAUACAACGGUCUUCUACGGGCGUGGGUGGUACGGAUGAAAGCUGCUGUCUCUGCCGCGGAGGAGGAGAUCGUGCGGACUGAAGGGGAGCUGACGGAAAAGAGGAAGGCGGAGGAGUGUCAAAGAAAGGCUGAGGAGGCGAAGAGGGCGAGGGAAGAGGACGUGAGGAGGAAGGAGGAAAUGGAGAGGAGGAAGGCGGAAGAGAGGAGGAAGAGGGAGGAGGAGAGUAAGAAUGAGGAGGAGAGGAGGAAGGAGGAAGAGAGGAGGAAGGAGGAAAUGGAGAGGAGGAAGGCGGAAGAGAGGAGGAAGAGGGAGGAGGAGAGUAAGAAUGAGGAGGAGAGGAGGAAGGAGGAAGAGAGGAGGGAGAGGGAAGAGGAGAGGAGGAAGAAGGAGGAGGAGAGGAGGAAGGAGGAGGUGGGGAGGAAGGAGGAGGAGGAGAGGAGGAAAGAGGAAGAGAGGAGAAAGAAGGAAGAGGAGAGGAGGAGGAAGGAGGAGGAGAUGAGGAAGGAGGAGGAGAGGAAGGAGGAGGAGAGGAGGCAGAAGGAGGACGAGAGGAGGAAAGAGGACGAGAGGAGGAGGAAGGAGGAGGUGCGGAGGAAGGAGGAAGAGAUGAGGGAGAGGGAGGAGAAGAGGAAGAAGGAGGAGGAGGUGAGGAGGAAGGAAGAGGUGAGGAGGAAGGAAGAGGAGAGGAGGAUGGAAGAGGAGAGGCGGGCACAACAGAAGGCGAGGAGAGAGGAGGAGAGGAGGCGGGUGCAGGAGGAGGAGAGGCAGAGGGCAGUGAGGGAGGAGGCAGCAGUGGAGGAGAAGAUGAAGCAGCUGGAGGAAGAGUGUCGACGGCGCCACACAGGUGUGCCAAUGACCUACGAGGAAUACUCCCGCCGGCUUACUCAGUUUCGGACCCAGGCACGGAGCGCAGGUGCCGCCUUUGUCCUUCUGCUCUUCUGGGACAUCCCCUGGCCGCCAGCAGGCAACUGCCUCUUCCUCUCUCCUGGGGAUUCAGCCUGGAAUGAAGAAGAGGAAGCUGCGGUAGGCCCUUCUGUUCUGGCAUAUGGAUAA